CCGGGGCUGUCAACAACCAGCCGGAGCCACGCUACAGGAAGCCGUAGCCUCCGGUGAUAAAUAGGAGACCGGGCUGCACAGGAUGCGGUGGGACGAGGGGAUGUGAGCCGGUGGCUGGCGAGUCCGUCUCUCCGUCUGUCCGUCCAGCCGGCGGGAUGGCCGUCGCCCGACUGCUGCUGCUGGUGUUGCUGGUGCGGGGCUGCGGCGGGCAGGAGGCCGAGGUGAUCUGCGCGGAGACGGCGUGUUACACCUUGCACCGCGCCGAGCUGGGCUGGAGCGCGGCCCAGGAGCGCUGCCGGCACGACGGCGGCAGCCUGGCCCCGGCGCGCAGCCCCGCCGAAGCCCGGCGGCUGCAGGAGCUGCUGGCGGCCGCUGGCUGGCCCGGCCCGGCCUGGAUCGGGCUGUGGCUAUCGCGGGGACACUGCGUCCAGCCGCAGGAGCCGCUGCGGGGCUUCUCCUGGGCGGCGGGCGGGGAGCCCGGGAAUUACACGGCGUGGCUGUCCGAGCCCGCCGUCACCUGCCUCAGCUCCCGCUGCGUCAGCCUGCAGCCGGCCGGCUCCUCCGGCGCGCCGUCUUGGGCCGACCGACCCUGCCGGACUCUGCUGCCCGCCUUCCUCUGCAAGUUCAUCUUCCGGGGGAUGUGCGGGCCGCUGCCGCUGGCAGGGCCCGGACGAGUCGCCUACACCACCCCCUUCGGGGUCCGCAGCCCGCAGCUGGCGGCCGCCCCCUUCGGCACGCUGGCCCAGGCCGACUGCGAGAGCGGCGGGGGGUCGGCUUUUGCCGUCUGCAAGGGUCCGCUGGAGGACGGAGGCUUCGCCUGGCACCCCCCCGGCCCCCACUGCCCCGCCGCCUGCGCCCACCGCAACGGGGGCUGCCAGCACCGCUGCCUGGAGGAGCCGGGGCAGCCCCGCCGCUGCGCCUGCCGGCCCGGCUACGUCCUGGCGCCUGACAUGGCCUCCUGCCUGCCGGAGGACGCUUGCCACCCCAAUCCCUGCCAGGGCACCUGCCGGGCACGGCCUGGCGGCUUCGAGUGUGUCUGCGAGGAGGGCUACACCUUGGCGCCCGAUGGCCGACGCUGCCUGGAUGUGGACGAGUGCCUGGCUGGACCCUGCCAGCACGAGUGCCGCAACACGGCCGGCAGCUUCAUCUGCCUCUGCCGGCCCGGCUACGGGGUGACGGGGCCCGGCGGCCGCCAGUGCCGCGAUGAGGAUGAGUGUGCCCAGCCCGGAGUCUGCCCCCAGCUCUGCCUCAAUGUCCCUGGCUCCUUCCACUGUGUCUGCCGGCCUGGCUACCAUCGCAGCGGCAAUGCCUGCCUGGAUGUGGAUGAGUGCCUGGAGGAUCCCUGCCCUGGGCCCUGCCGCAACUUCCCUGGAAGCUUCGAAUGUCUCUGCCCUCCUGGAUUUGUCCCGGAGGAGGAUGGACGUGGCUGCCGCGCCAGACCCACCACUGGAGCGAAGCACAUGGGACAGCCCAGAAGCACCCCAGGCAUCCCACGGACCACGGGCACGCUCCAGAGCACGGGUGCCCCACAGACCACAGGCAUCCCCCAAACGCUGGGCAUCCCUUUUGGGGUGACGCUGCUGGCCCCCACGGCAGCAGGGUCGGCUCCUGACCCUGAGCACAGCGCUGAUGGUCCCCGGCUGCUCCUCUACUACAUCCUGGGCAGCCUGGUAGCCAUCUUGCUGGUGCUGGCCUUCGCCCUGGCCCUGCUGGCUUGUAGGAGGAGGGCGGCCAAAAGGGAGAAGCGGCCGGCCAAAAACGCGGCAGACAACUACUGCUGGGUGCCUGAGCAGCCCGAGAGCCGUGGGGUGGGUGGUGAGCGCAGGUAACGGCACCUUGGGGGACAACGAGGGGGGAGGCAGAGCGUUUGUUUUCUAAAUUUAAAAGGAGAAAUAAAACGGAGGGGAGAGCAUGAUGCUGUUAGUUCAACAUGGGUUUGGAUGUCCAAGAGCCUGUCCUGGGGCUCCUUGCAGAGCGGGAGCGGGAGCUCCCUGAAAAGGGAGGUCUUGGUGCCGGGAGGGGGAAAGCAGCCCACAUGAGUCCUGGGGUUUACAAACCAGCCAGGGAAGGGUGAACAGGGACGGUGCUGCCAGCUUGGGAUGGGAUGGCAUUGAAUUUACAUGUCAGGACUGCUCCUCAGCUCUGCAGACCCUCACCCUGCCUAAAAAUAGCAAAUUACAAGUAUCGAUCUGUCUUCGUAAAGGAAAACAGUUGAUUUCUCAUUCACUCUCCCCUACCUGUGUUUGAAAUGGUGACUUGCAACUGCAGCAGUUUCCCUGUCCCGUCUGUGCAGACCCCUGUCCUUGGCCAUCCCAAAGACCCACUCCCCUCCCACCUGCCUGGCAGCAGCCAGCCUGCCUUCAGCCCCAGGGUUUGCCUGAAAUGGGUUUGAAAUUUUCCAUCCUUCCCCCUGUAAGCAAUACACUGGAUGCUGCAUUAUUGGCUUACUAUUCCAUAUACAACUUUUAAUCCUGCUUCAUACAAAAGGUUUUCUCAGGGCGGAGUUGUUCCCCAGGUACCUCACUUUACAGAGCUCUUUAUACUCUUGACAACGAAUUCUCUUUGACCUGUUUCAGUGCGAAUCCUCCCCCAAAAAUAUGAGGGGCAGAGGGGCCAUUCUUGCUUCCCAUCCCGCAGCACUAGCUUCAUUAUUUACCCUUGCUCUACAAGGCCAAAUGGUGCUAGGGAAGAACAGGGACAUGAUUUGAAGGGUACGUAAGUUUCCUGAAGUUUUUGCUGGUGUUAUUGUAUACUUGAGGUUUAAUUGCUGCAGAAAUGGGAACUGAACACAAAAGAGUUUGCUGAAGGCAGCGACCUGCAUCCUGUUCUUCCAAGUGGAGAGGAAAACCCUUUCCUGCCAUGUUUUGUUUUGUUUUGUUUUGUUUUUCUUUUCAUUGUAAAACUAAAAAACACAACAACUCAAACCAAAACGACACAGGAAAGCGUAGCUGAUAGAAAUUAAUUUUAAUGUUCUGUCUGCGAUUCCUUUUCUCUGACAGUGGCUGGGAGAAACAGUGAAUGCAGUGGCAGCAUUCUUGGAAAUCCUGCAGAAAAAUUCAUCCCCUGUUGGUGCUGUGACACGCCAGCCAAUACAGGAAUAAAUUAAGCAAAGGAAUGAUCCUGCCGCCAUCAACGGGACAACCUACAUACAUAAAAUUAUACCUGUGCUGUCGGGUCUGUGCAGGGAAAAGGCAGUCCCAGCCACGUGCCUCGCAUUGCAGGGAUGACUCAGUUUGUUUUAUGGAAAGCUGAGGCAUAUUCCAGACAUUAAUAGUCUCGGGAGUGCUUUUAUUAUUUUCAGUUAAGGUAUCAAUUAAGUGUUGCAUAUGACACCAUGAAAAAGGGAGAAGGAAGCGUAAAUGUGGGCUCAGAGCUAGUGCAAAUCUGAGAGGUGUUAUUUAUUCCUCAGUAAAACCUAUAAUCCUGAUUUCUAUUACGACCUUGGUGUAUUCCUGUGUGUCUGCUGUAUUACCAAUGGAGUGGGUACAGCCUUGGGAAAACAUGGAUUUGUUCCCAGGUUUAGUUUGUUUUAUCCUCAGUGGACUAUUUCCUGAUGUAGCAUCCUUCACCCUGGUGUGAUUACACAUGGAUGAUCUAAUGGCUCCCUUUCUUCCUGCUGGAAACGCAGCAGGAACAUUUUGAUCUGUGUCCUCCUCAGGGAAUUAUCCAGGGCCUGGUGAAUCCCUAAAAGCAAAUAGGAACAGGACCAGAUAGCUUGGUUCCCUGUCUUAGAGGAGAUGGGAUGUCCAUCCUGGCCCAAAGAGGUUUCACCACGGUACCUGGGGCAGCUCUGCUCCCUGUUCCUAAACAAGGGGCCAUUAUAAGGAAGAUCUAGGAUUGUCCUGCUGUCCCCAGGGUAGGCUGAGCUGGCUGAUGGUGGGUCUGAGAUGCUCUGUACGUAUCAACCAAUUUGUCAUGUAGCAAGUGUUGUAUUUUUACAGCCCAGAAUUGGGGCAUGCCUCAUGGAAGUCGCACAUCAGGAUGGAAUGUGACUGUGCUAUCCACAUGGCGAGGACGUGGCACCGCAGCCUCCGGUGGCUUCUGACUGAAAGACUCAGGUCAUCCCACACCUGGAAUAAUGCUGUAUGUUGCUUUUCUGGUGGAACAUCAAUAAAAUCUAUACAGAAUG